AUGCAAAGUCGUUUAACAUAUCACUGCUGUUGGAGCAAUUCAAAAACCAACAUCAUUCCCGUGGGACCUUAACAGUUCUCUCGCAGAUUUGGAUUCCAAUCCUUGUUCCCCUUUCUCUUCCCUAUAAUCAACGGUGCCGAUCCUUCUCAUCUCUCUCCAGUAGAAGUGGUAUCUUAUGGCUGCCUUCAAAGCAUUUUGGAACAGUCCAGUUGGUCCUAAAACAUCUCACUUUUGGGGACCUGUUGCCAACUGGGGAUUCGUCGCUGCUGGUUUGGCUGACAUCAAUAAACCUCCAGAAAUGAUCUCUGGCAACAUGACAGGAGCAAUGUGCGUUUAUUCUGCAUUGUUCAUGAGAUUCGCAUGGAUGGUUCAGCCACGCAACUAUCUACUUCUUGCAUGUCAUGCUUCAAAUGAGACUGUUCAGCUCUAUCAACAUACCCGAUGGGCAAAGGCAGAAGGGUAUCUCUCGGGGAAGAAGGAGAAAGAAGCUUCAUCAAAGUGAACACAGUGAUUUGAAAAGAUUAUGUUUGAACUUAACGAUAUAUGAAUAAUUGAUUGCAUGAAAGGGCUCGUGGAAACGGUAAAAGAUUCAAAAUUUUCCGAGUAUUUAUUUUUACAAGGAUUAUAAAGAAAUCUACACUAUUAUAGGCUUGAUUGUUUUUGAUCCGAUCCGGAACUUUUGGGCCAGAAAUCAAACAUUUAUAUUUUGACACGGCGUAAUUCUUUUUAACAUCCAUGAAAUUUUUAUACGCAUUGUUCAACCGUGGAUAUGAUUCUUAUUACUGUCUGUUGUCUGCACUGUUGGAACAUUUAUGAACUUUGAGUGCAGUAUUCAAUGUCUUCUUUCUUCAAUGACAUCAAACCUUUUCCUUCCAA